AUGGUUAACACAAGAUCUAGUGACAAUGAAUUACUCAUUUCAUCUGAUUUGAUUGGGAAUCACAAUAUAGUCAAUAAGACUGUUAAUCUGGCCUUUGAAACCAAAGUAGAAUCUUUCAUAUAUGCCUGUGAUGCUAUAGAUAUUAGAAUGAACAUACUUCCCGAAGAUAUGAACCCACGCCACAUCAACAGUGAUCUUACUAUCAUUAUCACAUCUUCUCCAUCACUAGUUGCUUUACUAACUUCAUUAUUCAGUGAUGGCCUUAUUAAACUGGUUUUGCAAAAUCCUCAAGGAGCUGGUCAAAAUUCAAUUGAAACCUGCAAUAUAGAAUGUAAGAAGAAUUUAUUGAACUCACGUUGGGAAAUACUGCUAAUUGGAGGCUGGACAAUUCCUCCACUAGCAAAUCUAUUUAGUCAUAUCAUCAACAUAGACAAAGAGGUAUGUUUGUGUGGAUCAAAAGGAAGUGUCUAUGACGCCCGUUUAAUGUGUUCUUUGAUAAUAUCUACUCCGAAUGGACAUUUACGUUUAUCCAAAACAAAGGGGAUCAUUGAUCUUUGUAAAUGCUUCCUUGUCAAAGCAGAUGAUAGUCCUGAUAGUAAAUCCUAUAAACUUGUCUCCACCCCGAUUGCUUCGAUCCAACAAUUACAAAACCAGAAUAUGAAACCACGGUCAGCAUUGGAAGAAAGGGGGUUUCAAUUGGGUGAAAACGUUUACAAACAGACAACGUAUCCGACCUGUGAAUCAUUCACUAUUACGCUAGCACUUAAAAGGGAAGAGGUUACUACCUUAAUAGGACUCCAGGGUCUGCGACUCAAUUCGAUUCGAGUUCAAUCAAGAUGUUUGAUAAAAGUCCUACCGGCUGAACAAUCAUUUACCUCCAGAAAAAGUACAAUUCAACAAAUUGUCAUUCUGGGACAUAAAUCAGAUGUUCUUAUUGCUGUUAAAGAAAUUGAGAAGGUUGUUAUACAGGUUAGAAAUAACGAUGGGAGAUUUAUUUAA